AGCCCGAGCCGCCGGGUCAGCCCGCGCGUCCCGCCUUCUCCGCUCAGGGCCUCUCCUUCCUGCCCUGCUGUCCUCCGUGGCCAGUCCCCUGCCUCCGGGCAACGCCCACCUAGUCCGCUGAGCAGGCCCAGUUGCUGGGAGCAGCAGACACCUUCCCCCAGCCACAGCAUGGUGGAGCCCGUAGAAAAACUGCCAGAGGAAGUGUUGGCACUCAUCUUCUGUGAACUGCCUCUCAGGGACCGUGCUGUGGCUGCCAGAGUCUGCAAGGCCUGGGCAGCGGCGGCCACGGGCAGUGCUGUGUGGCGUGACACCAGCAUCAGUUGUGACUGCGAGCUGGAAGACCUGUUGCCACCAUAUCUGUCCGCCUGCCUGGACCAUAUUCACAACCUAAGGCUGGAAUAUGAGCCAUCAAAGAAGCCCAGCCGCGGAGCAGCCACUCAGCUACUGACUGCUCUGGCAGGCCGAGCCCCAGGACUUCGAGGCCUACGCUUGGAAUGCCGCGGAGAGAAGCCACUUUUCGACGCCGGCGGCGACAUCCUGAGCGCUGUGCAUGCAGUCUGCAGAACCGCUCACCAACUGCACCAUCUCGACCUGCGCAGCUUGCCCUACACACUGGACGACUCGCUGGUGCUUCAGGCUGCACGUGACUGUCCCGAGCUCCGCAGUCUUUUCCUGGACAACCAUGCACUGGUGGACAACGUGCAACCCAGCUCUGUGCUCAAGCUUUUGGAGGCCUGCCCGCACCUGCGCGCCCUUGGACUGCACCUGGCCAGUCUGUCGCGUGCCGCGCUGGAACUGCUGGCCGCGCCACAUCGCGCCCCUUUUGCACUCCUGGCACUGCGGUGCGCGUGUCCCGAAGAUGCUCGUGCGCCCCUUCUGCCUGAUGAAGCCUGGGCGACAUUGAGUUGCCGCCACCCUGGGCUGGAGGUGGAGCUGGAACUGGAGCCCGCGCUUCCAGACGAGGCCGUAAGGCGCAUCCUGCAACCAGCAGUACCAGUGGCUGCGCUGCGUCUCAACCUCUCGGGUGACACGGUAGGGCCAGUGCGCUUCGCAGCGCGCCACUACGCCGAAACUUUGCGCGCCCUCGAGGUGCGCGCGUCCGCUUCCGCCGAGCUGCACACCGCUCUGGAGGAGCUGGCGGCGCGCUGCGCGGGCUUGAGGGAGAUACACUGCUUCUGCGUGGUGAGACCCUCGGUACUGGACGCCUUCCGCGCGCACUGUCCGCGCCUGCGCAGCUACACGCUCAAACUAAAGCGUGAACCGCAUCCCUGGCGGCCCACGCUGGUGCGGUGAUUGGGCAAUCUCACCCCUCCAGGACCGCGCGGACCCGAAGCCGCUGAAAGGCCAGAGCAAGUUGCGCAGGCACUCCCCAGCGGCUAGCCCUGCCCUUAGGGAGUCCGUUGACUACCUUACUUCUCGGGAAUUGUGGCCUAUGAGGAUACCCAGACCAGAUCCAGGUUCCAUAGAUUCACGGGGCCUUCUCCACCUCUGUGUCUCUGCCCAUUCUAGGUUCUCCCUCCCCUCUGUUCACUCUGCGCCAGCUCCGAGGCCCAGAGCUGGGGGAGGGCA